AUGCUCAAAUCCGAUACACCCAUUGACUGGGGGUUUACAGGGAAUAUGGUGCAUCCUCCGGAAGAGGCAUCCAAAGUAGACACCAAAGUAGACACCAAAGCGUUGCCGAACAGUUCCAAGGAAGGCAAUGCUUCGCACAUUGAGAGUCCAGACAAAAACAUCAACGAUGAUCCCGGCACAAACAAUGGCGAUGCAGUUGAACCAGAAAAGCAGCCAUCCAAUGAGAAUGGCCUUGAAAAGCCUCAGAUAAGCUCGGGUAGCGAGAAAUCGCACGUUAGUGCCGAACAAUCCCAUGAUGCAUCAGAAGAUGGUACGAAUGAUGAAACUUCGGUCCGCGAUCCCGAGGAGGAAUACUCUGAUCCCGAUGACGAUCCCAUGAGGAUGCCCACAAACUACCCAUGGGAUAUAGAUCUGGCGGCGAAUUUGGGUUAUCAGGGGCUAUACGCUGCCUACGUGAAGAAAUGCGAAAAGAGGCCAAUACCGCCCAGGAACAAAGCACCGAAGCUGGUGCGGGAUCUAGUUGAUUACCUUCGAACUUUGGAGGAUCGUAUCGACAAAUUAGAAGAGGAAAGAAAUGAGCCGAAGACGGUCGAUGAACAGGGUCGUGAGGUACCGAAAAGCGAUAAGAUCUCGACUACGGUUAAUGAGCUUUAUACAAGCUUCUAUGAUCUUGGGCUGGAACAAAGUGUCUCAGCGUAUCCAGACGCCCCGCCUGCUCCUGGGAUCCAUAAAAAGGGAUUUCUGUCGGCCACAAAACCUGGCAAUGUCAUCCGCGCACUGCACAAAUGGAGAAGGGAGCCAAUCAAUUUAGGCAUUCUCGAGCAACCAGAUCCAAAUGAUGUUGAUAUCAUCGCGAUUCGAUUUGACUCUCCUAUACUAGUUGACUGGUUUCAACAUGUUGGCAGGUUUAGUAAGAGCAACGAAGGCGGAUUGUAUGUCGCACUUGGUCCUCAACACUCAAUUUGGAAUAAUCACUCGGUGCUGAUGUCAAAGCCUUUUCGAGUAUUGAUACGAAACGCAACACAGUUGAAAGAACAGUAUUCAAAACUUCUACAAAGAUAUGGCACGGUCUUAUCAAGUAGCGUUCGCAAUGGUCAAGAAGACGCAGGCGGUGCUGAGCAGGGGGAGCAACCAAAGACCGCAAAGUCUUCUAGGACAAAUAUAGAGGACUCUGAAGAUACUCCUCUCGAAUCUUUCGACAAACCAGAAGCGCUCGCACAUUUUGAAAAGCUUGUGGCAUUUGUUGAUGCGUAUCUAGCAAAGGAUCUUCAGUACUACGACGACCUCCGGUCUGGUACAGCCAAAACGGUAGCUUUUGAGAACCUUUGGAUGCUUUUUGAUACCAACGACACCAUAUAUUGCCCAUCACGGAAGACCGAUCAGGUUUUCCCAUACCAAGAUAUGCCUAAUGGUGCUGAUGAAAUGGUGUCAUCACGGAGGGAUGCCCCUCAAGCUUACCGAAUUUUGGCAACAACAGGGGGCGUUUGCAUUGGUGGUCAGUUGGCGCCGAGAGGCGAGUCGAUAAACACUUUCCUUAAGUCGUUCACCACAAAGAAGCUGCAGCGGGACCAUUUUCUGAGGUCGGAUGAGGAUGAGCUUCGUGAGGAUAUGGUAGCAGCGGCAUCAGCGUCUCAGCUGAAAAGACAAAUUACCAAGGAAAGGUUUUUACCCCUUUAUAUCUCAUGCUUCUUCAUCGAAUUUGAUGGGAAGAAACUAAAAACAGCAUGGGAUUUCUUCAUUUUGAAGCCAUAUGAAGGCGAGACUGAUAUAGUAUCGCUGGCGGUGUUCCCGGUAUCAUAUGCCAGGCAGCUCCAAGGGGCAGAACACCUUAUUGCAAGAGGACGCAAGUUCAUUAACUACACACCAGUCACGCAUCUUAUGUAUGAUGGUAUGACUGCAGGCACUCACCAAGAAGAGAUACGCAGUCCAAUCAUAGUCGAUUUUGAGCAAGCGUUCGCACAGGACGAAGACGCCGCUCCAGAGUUUUAUGAAGAAUCCAAUUUCUGGAGGAGACAAGGCCUGAGAAGCGUGGCUGAAGUACUGACCAUGUGUCCUGCGGGCUGUAGUGAACCCAACCUAUACGUUGACAUGUACCCUCACAACCAGGUGGCACAGUACGGAAAGACCAUGUCGCGAAUCAACGCUUUGCUAGAAGAGUACGAGAUCAGUGACGACAAGUCGCAGCUAGAAGAACUUAAGCUUGACCUGGAGGCGAAUGAUCUUUUAAUUCUCCUCCCCGGAAUUGUGCAUGGAUUUGCUUUGCGCAAUAGAAGAUGGCAUCAAUUUGACAUAGAUUGCAUCUCCAAAGUCGAGAGAAGCAGUUAUGAUAGCGGAUGGGAUGACUUAGUACUUCCUAAAGGUCAUAAACAAAUGGUUCAAUCCAUGGUGCAGACUCAUACUGUUGAUGCGAGAACUUCCGGUGAUAACAAGAAGUCGAAGAGCGAGAUCGGCCUUGUUCAAGGGAAAGGAAAGGGAUGCAUUAUUUUGUUGCAUGGCGUGCCCGGGGUGGGAAAGACAUCGACUGCAGAAACAGUUGCAGCUCAUACGAGACGUCCUCUUUAUCCGAUCACGAGUGGAGAUAUAGGCCAUGAGCCAGAUGAUGUUGAGAAGAAGCUCGAGGACCUAUUUAGGCUAGGGCAUCGCUGGGGUUGCGUCUUACUAAUCGACGAGGCCGAUGUUUUCUUGGCAGAACGCGACAAAGCAGAUGUCAAACGCAACGCAUUAGUUUCGGUUUUUCUGCGUGUGCUCGAGUAUUACAGUGGAAUACUCUUUUUGACGACAAAUAGAGUCGGCGCAUUUGAUGAUGCAUUCCGAUCACGAAUUCAUUUGACCUUAUACUACCCUAAGUUGGACGAGAAGCAGUCCCAUAAGGUCUGGAAGACAAGCAUCAGACGACUGAGUCGACUAAGCAAAGAAAGAGAGAAAGAUGGUCUACCUAAAAUCGAGAUGAAUAAGGACAAGCUUCUUCGCUUUUCUGACAGGUUCUAUCAGAAUCUCCAAUGGAACGGCCGGCAGAUCCAAAACGCUUUCCAAACGGCACUCGCACUCGCACAGUUUGCAGUGCGAAAUUCGCCUGAGAAGAGUCCAACGAUUACAGUCACACACUUCAAGAUAAUUGCAAAUGCGUCCAUUCAAUUCGACGAAUACCUCCAAGAGGUCCACGUCGGCGAUGAAGCGAAGAACGCGAAAGUUAAAAAGCUUAGAGCAGACAACUCAAACGCCCACGCUACAAGAACAAUUCAAUUAUCUGACUCGGACCACAGCUCUUCUUCGUCCAGUUCCUCGUCAUCUUCGUCAUCGUCGUCGUCCUCUUCUUCGGACUCAGACUCGGACAAGAAGAAAAAGAAGCGCAAGUCAAGGGCUAAGGCAAAAUCAAAAUCCAAGUCCAGUGUGAAGUCGAAGAAGAAGAGCAUUAAUUUCAGUGAUGAUGAGGAUGACGAGAAAGUAGAAACGCCGAAGAAGACUAAGGAUGUAAGCACACGCAAGGGAUCGGGUAGUGAUAACGAUAAGGUUGAGAAGAAGCAGAAGAAGCGAUCAAAACAGCGGAAACAAGUACCAAAGGAUGAAAGCUCUGGAUUCGAAGACUCUGGCACUUGACCUCGUGUUAUACAUUUGCUCGAAAUCCUUCCCACAUAACCCAAAGUAGUUUUGGUGUAGUACUAAUUGACUUGUUUCACCUU